ACAAAUAUGACAUUUAUCGAGACCAUGCUCUCUGGUGGUAUGCAGAAGAGAGAAGAGAAGGGAAAGGAAGCAUUGGAUGUAGACGUGGCUGUAAGUAAAUCCAUUCCUAUAGAAUUUGUGAUUGAUGAUGGUGGACACAACGGUGAUGGCGGCUUUCUCUCUCGCAUCUCCACUCUCCACCCUUCACCUCUCCAAUUUUAGGGCAUCUUCACCCCUUUUCUCGCUUCGUCCCUCCACCUCAUCCUCCUCCUCCUCCUCCUUCCGUCGUCUUCUUAUUCUUUCUAACAACACUUUCAGCAAUCCAUGCCAUGUCAAUUCCUCCUUCACAUACCCUUUUCAUUCAACAUCAACAUUCCUUAUGUCCAACGAGGAUUCCUUUGCUAGGUACUCAUCUUCUUCUUCUUCCAGCAGCAGCAGCGAUGACAACCAUAGUUCCACAAUUGAAGACGACGACGACGACGAUGACGUAGUUGGUGCUGUUUUGGAUAAGGAUGAUUACGACUCUUCUCCUCCUCCUUUGCCUGACCGAUGGGAUGUAUUGGGUCUUGGCCAAGCCAUGGUAGAUUUUUCGGGCAUGGUGGAUGAUGAGUUUCUGAUGAGAUUGGGUUUAGACAAAGGUACAAGAAAGGUCGUGAAUCAUGAGGAGAGGGGUAGGGUUCUUCAAGCAAUGGAUGGCUGCAGUUACAAGGCGGCUGCUGGCGGCUCUCUUUCUAAUACCCUAGUGGCAUUGGCUAGACUUGGUGGUCACUCCAUUGCUGGACCUCCCUUGAAUGUAGCUAUGGCUGGUAGCAUUGGUGGUGAUCCAUUGGGUGGAUUUUACAGAACUAAACUAAGGCGUGCAAAUGUGAACUUUCUUUCUGCACCUGUGAAAGAUGGGACCACAGGGACAGUUAUAGUUCUGACAACCUCAGAUGCACAACGUACAAUGCUUGCAUAUCAGGGAACAUCAUCUUACAUUAACUAUGAUUCAAGUAUGGAGAGCAUAAUUUCCAAAACAAAUAUUCUUGUUGUUGAAGGUGGUGCUUUGGUUGCUGUUACUGCCUCAGAUGUGACUUGCAUAGAGAGACAUUAUGAUGAUUUUUGGGAAAUCAUGGAAAACUAUGCGGACAUCGUGUUUGCAAAUAGCGAUGAAGCCCGAGCAUUUUGUCAUUUUUCUUCAGAAGAAAGCCCGAUAUCUUCCACACAAUAUUUAAGUCAUUUUGUCCCAUUAGUUUCGGUUACUGAUGGGGCCCGUGGGUCAUACAUUGGCAUAAAAGGUGAAGCUUUAUACGUCCCUCCUUCACCAUGUGUCCCAGUGGACACAUGUGGGGCCGGGGAUGCGUAUGCCUCGGGCAUAUUGUACGGGUUAUUAAGGGGUGCAUCGGGUUUGAAGGGAAUGGGGACGUUAGCUGCCCGGGUUGCAGCCGUGGUGGUCGGGCAGCAGGGCACACGGCUCAGGGUUCAGGAUGCGUCUCGGUUGGCUCAGUCGUUUGGGUUUAGUGUUGAGGGCUCGGUUCAGGCGGAUGUGGGUUCGGAUCAAAUUUCUAGUUUGUAGUGGAUUGUGGAUAGAUUGUUUGUAGAAAUUGUUUAUUAAUAUAUAUUUAUUUUUUAAAUUAAUUGAUGGG